UAUGUAUAAUAAUUAAUCUAUUAUAUAUAAUAACUAUUAACAUCAUUAAAUGAUGUAUAGUAUUGUCAGAGUUCUGUGUUAAGGACGACGAUGACAAGAGAUAUUCAAACACACACAUAUAUCUUUAUUCACAAUAAACUGGGUUAAUACACAACACACUAUCAUCACUAUAAACGAGAGCUGAUAUCAGACAGAGCACGAGGAUGCAGACAGGCACGUGAGGAUGAUUACAGACACAAACAGGUGAAAGAGAAAUGUUGUCCAGAUGAACGGGGAAAACAAGGGACUGUGACAAACAUACAAACAUUACAUUCGAAAAUAAAUGUAAUGGUUUUUAUAAAUAAAAUAAAAAAGAUGGGAAAAUGCAAUAAAUAACUUCUCUGAUGUCUGUUUAACGCCGUCUUUAAAUUCAUUUUGACCGUUUCCAGCACCCAUAGCAUACAUGUGCUUCAGACGCUCGACCGCAAUCUCUGCUGCUGAAUUAAAUCAUCGUGUUCACAUUCAUUAGGUUGCUUGUGGUUGGUCGUCGGCUCACUAUUGGACUAAUAUUUAUAUUGUUGGAAACGUUAUAAAGCUAUUAAAGUCUUAAUAUUGACGUGGAUGUGGUAGUAAAUGGUUAACACUGUCCUUUACUUCCUGGUUACCGUCACUUGGUGACUAAAAAACAAACAUGUUAGCUGUGAUGAACGCUGCUCAGAUAAAGAUAUGAAUUAAAGUCAACUCAUGUGCUCUUCAUCAGAUGCACAUCUCAAACAGAGGAUGGAUACAAGUCCCAGCACAGAUUAUUUAGAGAAAGAUGUGCUGCCAUUACUGACAUCUGGACUGGAGGCUCUGUUGAAGGAAGCACAGACGCAUCGCUGCACAGAGAAGAGGAUGACUGCAUUUAAUGGCUGUGACUUUUUGACUGAAUGGCUAUACAAUAAAAAUCCUCGUCGGACCGAAAACACACACCUGAAGUUUCAUGAAAUUCCCUUUGUGCAAGACUGGCUUCUUAUACAUCCUAGGAAAAGCAUCCCAGUUUUCCUGCUUCUUACAGAUGAGCAGGCUGCAUUGCUGAUACAGGCGUACUGGAGAGGCUAUAAGGUGCGUGUACGUCCAGAUGUGCAAGAGUUGAGGCAGUGGCAAAGAGAACUGCGGGAGGAGAACUCCAACAUCAACAAAACAGUUCAGGAGUUUUGGGCACGUCAGGAAAACCGAGUUUGGUCAGAGCUGGUUGAACUUGGUGAUGAUGUUGAGCAGCAUCUGGAGUCUGGUGUGUCGAUCGAGGUUGUUCCCCCCACACCACAGAGCCGAGUGUUGUAUACACCUGCUUUACAGAGCACCCUCGAGAGACAACAAGAUCUUCUCACCGCAUCACACUUCCAGCAUCACAUUCAUGACAGUCCUGUGCAUCACACCAGUCUGUAAAGACAUCUCUUCAUGCUCAAUUACAUAUGUUUUCUUGAAUUAAUUCAUAUUAAGACAAUGUUGUCGUCUUUUAUAUUGCACUUUUCCCAAUGCACAUUAUUUGUUUCUCUACAUUUACUGUGCACAACAUUGGACAUUAAACAACACGCUAUUAUUGCUGUGUAUUUCUAUAUUGAAACAAAUGAGUAGGAUUUACUUGAAGAAAGCUCGAAACAUUUUGCACUUGGAUGCAAAACUUUAUUAGAAAUUCUCACAUAGAGUUGAUUUUGAAGAGCGAGUAAAAUGUAUUUAAAUUUCCAUUUGUAACCCAUAGAUAGCAAGCAGCCAUUCAGUCAAUGCAUCCUUGUUCAUUUUAUUUUGGACGCACUAUUAAUAUACAGAAUAUCAGCUUAGCUUGUUGUCAUUGUGAUAAAAUAAAGAAAUUGUCGUCUUCCCUAUCCUAAAUGCAUCCAACUCCACAUUAAUUUGACUUAAUUAGACCAUGUACAAAAAAGGUAUCCCUGGAUAGUUUCAGUUAAAUGUAUGGAUUAAGUCAGGGGAAAAAGUUUUUGUUACAUCAAAGUGGUUUUGCUCAGUAAAUGGGCAUUCACUGACCACUCCAUAUGUCUGUAUGGAUACUCUUGGACUUUCCCUGAGUGCCUGCAGAUGAUAUUGGUGUACUUUGAAUUAUGACACCACACCUUGAAUAACAUUAGACCUUGCAGCUGAUCAAACGACAGAUCUGUUAUUAUUUAGUAGUAUUACAUAGCACUUUAAAAUGCUAAUUCACGUCUUACAAUAAACCUGACAACAUCAGACAUUUGGUUAUUUGCAUGAGGAUUACCUUGAUACAGCCCAGCUUGUAAGGGUGUAGCUGACUGAAUUGGAGAAUAGUCGAAUGUCAGUCGCCUGUCUCCGCUCCUUUCCUCAUUGCAUGGAAAUGCUGCAGAACGUGAGUGAUAGACAUCUUGAGGUAACUUGGAGUACUCAUCUCAUGAUGGACUGAGGGUGUAAAGUGUACAUCUGUGAAUUGUGAAAUGGUAGGGUACUGCCUGCCCUCAGCGUUGACAGACUGAGACUUGGGUGGUGUGGCAUUAAACCCAUGCUGACGCUCUUGCUGCAGUACAGUUGUCUGUGUUUGUUGCAAUUCUGCGACCUUUGUGUAUCCGUUAUCAUUAAAUGGCCCAUCUAGCACUGACAUUUGUGUAUCCACGACACUAUCUGCUUGUUCCGCUAAGUAAGCCUGUGUGGGUCCUUUUGUGUGCUCUAUAGGUAACUCUAUUACACUCGAAUUUCCUACACGUUCUUGCUCUGCAGCUGCUUCUAAGGCCUCCGCUCUUGCUUGUAUGGCCGCAACCUUUUUUUCCAGCCUUUAGGUCUCUAAUGAUGCCUCAAGCUGCUUGUUGUAUUUUCAGUUCGCUUUCUUUCUUAGCAAAAGCUAUUUCCGCUUUAGCUGCUUCAGCCUCUGCUCUAGCCAUCGCGGGGACUGUGGUUCCAGUCGAUGAGCCCCUCGUGAGUGCUGUGAUGAGCAUGAUGCAUUAGAUGCUUGCCUCUCUGUGAUUCAGACUUGCAGCUUGAUUUAGACAAAGUAGAAGGAAGUUCACCUUCACCGCCGUUGAGUUAGAAACUAGAAGUUGUUCACCAAAGAGUUACCCUUUAUUUCAAAUGCCUUGCUUGAGUAUGCAGUCAGAUAACGCCCUCCAAAGACAACAAACCCAGAAAUGGUUUUCAAGAUUUACUGUUGUCCAUGUAAUAAU